GAUUUAGGAAACUCCCUCUGCAAAUGUUCACAUAUACCACGAAACAAUCGAUCACUUGCAUAUCCUUGUCCUGUGCUGAAAGGUAGAAGAGGGAUUUCAUCAUUUCCAGAUAGUCCUCUGGGUUAUUUCGUGGAAUGUGAAAAAAUGGAAUAUCCCAUGACCCUCCGAGGAAAUUAGAUAUAUUUUUGUACAAAAAAGUUAACUGAAAGCCAUACUGCAGUUUAUCUGUCUGAAAUCAUAACUACAGAAUUAAAUAAAUUUGAUAUUUUUCAUAAAGUUGUGGCUAUAGUGACCGAUGGAGGGAGAAAUAUAAAUGCUGCAGUUAGGCUUAUGAACAUCCAACAUAUUCCCUGUACAGCACAUAAAUUAAAUUUAGUUGUGAGAAAUGCUCUAAGUUUAACAGAUAAUGAUGUAAAUGUAGAUGGAAAUAUUGAAAAUAAUGAUGAUGGCAGUUCUGAUAGUCGACUAAAAGAAAUUUUGAAAAAGUGUCGUAAUAUAGUUGGAUUUUUUAAACGCAGCGAAGUGGGCAAUAGAAAAUUAGUUGAAAAGCAACAACAAAUGGGUCUACAAAAUAUUUUGAAACUUAAACAAGAUGUAUGUACGAGGUGGAACAGUACACUAGUGAUGAUGGAAAGGUUAGUACAAUUAAAAGAAUCUAUUACAAUUGUAAUAAUGACGUUAAAAGAAGCACCACCAAAUCUAUCACCUGAUGAAUGGGAUGUAGUGGAGGAUUGCAUUCCAUUGCUAAAACCAUUUCACAGCAUUACUGUGGAACUAUCAGCUGAAGAAUAUCCGACGAUUUCCAAAGUUAUACCACUUAUCCGAGGAUUACAGAUUGCAUUAACCAAUAAAGAUCCCUCAACAAUAAUUGGAAUAUUAUUAAAAUCUAAUCUCCACGAAAAUAUUAGAUCACGUUUUCAAGGAAUAGAAAAACAAUCAUUGGUUCCUCAUUUCGGUCGAGCAACAUUACUUGACCCUAGAUGUAAAAAAGUGGCAUUUAAAAAUGAACAAAAUGCUUCUGAUGCUGAAGCAUCAAUAACAGCAGAAGUAGCCAGUCUAUUAAACACCCCAAUUCCUGAACCAGAAGUUGUUCAUCCUGUACAAACAGAAACAGAAGACCUUUGGGGAUUUUUAACAACAAAGGUGAAUGAUAUGCAAAGUCAAUCAACAACAACAAGUUGUGCAAUGGUUUUAGUUAAACAAUAUUUAGGUAUGCCAUAUCAAGAUCUUUCUUGCAAACUUGCAGAAUAUUGGGAAAAGCACAAGACAUUGUUGUAUCCAUUAAAUGAAGUGGCAUUAAAAUAUGCAUCAAUACCUGCUACAUCAGUACCUUCAGAACGUAUAUUUUCCAAGACCGGUCAAAUUAUGUCAGCUAGACGCAACAGAUUGUUGCCCGAAAAUCUGGAUACACUUGUUUUUCUUAAUAAAAAUAUGUAAAAUCACUAAAAACAUAGUUAUGUCGACCUAUUAUUAGUUUAAACAUUAUUAAAAAGAAAAGAAAAGUUUGUUAGUUAUAAAUAAUAUACAAUGUACUUGAAAAUUAUAAGAAGUUUUGUAUUAUUCGGUAGGUAGUGCAGAUUAUUCGAAAAAUUAUUCGGUAGUACCUACAGGUUAUUCGAAUAAUGAAUAAUAUUAUUCGAUA